AUGACCAACGUCUUCGAAAAGCACAGCGCCAAGUUGACGGGAGUAUGGAGCUUAUUGACUUACGAGAUGUUCGACUCGGAAGGCCCAGAUAGGAAGCUGCUUUCCAAGCCGCACGGCGACGAACCUCUCGGCAAGGUGGUCAUAUCCAAAUCGGGUUAUCUGUCAGCAAUCCUGGUUCCAUCAUCGGUGUUGUCUCCCCUGCCGAGUGAUUACUUGAUGGAAGCUUCUGACGAAGCCUUGGCCCGCAUUUGCCGGCGUCUGAGCACCUACAGUGGGUUUAUGACUCUUCUGGAAAGGGAAGAUGGAGGGUUCCUGUGGCACACCAUGGUCGAGGUCUCGAACAAUCCGAAUUGGGUCGGCAAGGAGCAGACCCGCAGAGUGGACUAUUUCGAGGAUAAUGGAGAGGCGUACAUGAUUUUGAGGCCCGUCAAGGACUAUCUCUUACCGGAUGGUAGGAAGACUCGGGCGGAGCUGAAGUGGAAGAAGAUCGCUUCUUGA